AUGUCCGCCGACGACAAGGACUCAUUGAAGCGUGUUGACGAAGAACCGGUCACAUCUGUAUUGGCAGCCAAUGAGAUCCCGGUGCUGAAGGGCGACCAUGAUGCGGACGACGAUGUCCUGGCAGCUCUGGGUUACAAGUCCGAAUUCAAACGCGAGUUCUCCCUCUGGUCGACAUUUUGCGUCUCCUUUGCCGUCCUCGGCCUGCUGCCCUCUGUUGCCUCGACUCUCUACUACGGCCUCGGCUAUGCCGGCACCCCGGGCAUGGUCUGGGGCUGGCUGAUCGCCAUGGCCUUUAUCCAGUGCAUCGCCAUGGGCAUGGCAGAGCUGUGCUCCGCCAUGCCCACGUCUGGUGGCCUGUACUAUGCCUCGGCCGUCCUGGCGCCACCCAAGUAUGGCCCCUUUGCUGCCUGGUGCACGGGCUGGUCCAACUGGCUGGGUCAGGUCACGGCCGCACCCUCGGUCAACUACUCACUAGCUGCCAUGAUCCUGGCUGCUGCCUCUAUCACGCACGAGGACUAUAGCCCGCAAAACUACCAGGUGUUCCUGUUGACCGUCUUUUUGAUGAUCGUCCAUGCCAUCAUCUCGUCGGCGCCGACGCGGUUCGUGGCUCAGUUCAAUUCCAUUGGCAGCACCUUCAACAUGAUGGCCCUCGUCGUCGUGUUCGUUGUCAUCCUCGCCGCCGACAACCGCUCGUCCCAGGGCCUGUCUCGCUUCAACGACUCGUCGGCCGUCUGGGGCGAGUUUUACCCGGGUACCGACUUCCCCAAGGGCGUGUCUAUCUUGAUGUCCUUCAUCGCCGUCAUCUGGACCAUGAGCGGCUACGACUCGCCCUUCCACUUGUCCGAGGAGUGCUCCAACGCCAACAUUGCCAGCCCACGCGCCAUUGUCAUGACCUCUGGCAUUGGCGGCGCCAUCGGUUGGGCAUUGAACAUGGCCAUUGCUUAUACGAUUGUCGACAUUGACGCCGCCCUCAACGAUCAGAGCGGUCAGCCUUUUGCUGCCUACCUGCUGCAGGUGCUUGGUGAAAAGACUGCCCUCGCCUGCCUGUCGCUGACCAUUGUCGCCGGCUUCAGCAUGGGCCAGGGCUGUAUGGUUGCCGCGUCGCGUGUCACGUUCUCAUACAGUCGCGAUGGCUGCCUCCCCUUCUCGCGGUACUGGGCCUCGGUCAACCAGACUACCAAGACGCCCGUCAAUGCCGUCUGGCUCAACUGCUUUGUCGGCUGUGUGUCAGUGCUUCUGCUGUUUGCCGGCGACGCCGCCAUCGGUGCCAUUUUCUCGAUUGGCGCCAUUGGCGCCUUUGUCGCCUUCACCAUUCCCAUUGCCAUCCGCACGUUCUUUGUAGGCAGCCGCUUCCGCCCGGGGCCCUGGAACCUGGGCAAAUUCUCGUACGUCAUUGGCGUCCUGUCCACCACGUUCACCCUGUUCAUGAUCCCUAUCCUCUGCUUGCCCUCCGUCACGGGUGCCAACUUGGAUGCCCAAGGCAUGAACUGGACCAUUCUCUGCUGGGGUGCACCUAUGCUGCUGGCCGUUGUCUGGUUCUGGGUCGACGCACACAAGUGGUUUAAGGGCCCCAAGAUCAACAUUUCCCACAUGGUCCAUGACCAGCAGGUGGCACCCUUUGUGAUUCAGGGUGAAGGCGAGGUCAGCGAGGUCGGCGAGCUGGACUCGAACCAGCCCAUAAUUCCUACCAAGCAAGACAGCCUGUCGAAAGUGUAG